GUUCCCUUUUGUUCCUCCCCCACCUUGUCGUCGCUUCGACAAACCAAAGAUCCCGCCAAACAUGCAUCUCCUAUUCGUUCGACAUGGCGAAUCUACCGAUAAUGCUGCUGGGGUCAUCGCGGGCUCGACCGACUCGCCACUUUCGUCGCACGGCGUGAACCAGGCGCGCCGGCUGGGCGAGCACCUCGCGUCGCGCCGCCCGGAGCUCGGCCCCGUCGUCCACGUCUUCUCGUCCGACCUCCAGCGCGCCCUCGACACGGCCCAGGAGGUCGUCGCCGCCCAGGGCCCCGCCGCCCCGCCCGUCCCCGUCCUCUCGUCCUCGCUCGAGCCCGCCACCCCGAGCCCCAACGGGAGCAGCUACCGCCGCCGACCCGACCUCAUCCCGCUCGCCCUCCUGCGCGAGAAAGACUUUGGCUCUCGCGAGGGCGCGCCGUACGGCAAGCGGGCCGCCUCGCACCGCUCCGCCAGCGCCGGGCACCAUCACUCGCCUACCAGUGCCGCUUCCCACCGCUCUCCUGGUGCUGCAGUACACCGCUCGCCCGGCAGCGCUGCCGCCCGCCCGCCGGGCUACAUGGAGUCGGAGACGCAGGAGCAGAUGAUGGCGCGCAUGGAGUGCUUCGCGCAGGCGUACCUGCUCCCGCUGAUGUCGCGGCUUACGGACGGCGAGGGCGCCCGGCGGCGGCAGACGGUAGUGGUGGUCGCGCACGGCAUCAUCCUCAACGUGCUGACCAGGGUGCUGCUGUCCGAGGUGUCGGCGAGCGAGUACGUGCGCCUGUUCGGCACCCCUGCAGGGGAGGCCGGCAUCCUGAGCGCGCGCAUGCCCCCGCGGGCCGGCGAGUUCGCUAUACACUGGGGAAACACGGGCUACCUCGAGGCCGUCGUCGUGCGGGUGCCGCCGCUGCCGGCGUCGCCCGUCUCGCUCCCGCGGCCCGACAGGCCCCCGUCCAGCAUCGCGUACGGCGACAGGACGAGGACGUCGCGUCGCAGGCGGCCCGUGCUAAACGUGAGGGUAAUCUCGGUCAACAACACGCACCACCUCGACGGGCUGCGCAAGACCAGGGGAGGCAUCGGCAGCGCAAAGUUCGACUCGAGGCAGAGGACCAUGGAUGCCUUCUUGCUCCCGUCAACCCCCAAGAGGCAAACUGGGUCUCCUGUCUGAAUUUCCAGCCCUGCACCAUUUUUGUCCAUUUACUGCAUCAGCAUUUUGCUAGCGUUUCAAAAGACAUUCAAGCCUACGCUUACCUUCCAUUCUAUAUAGCACGCGUAGUCGCGUCUUGUUCCCGUCUCCUGUUACUCUUUUCUCUUGCCCAUUCCUUUCUCAUUUUCCCGACUUGCACGUUGCUGCAUCUACCUGUUAUCAAUGUAUUGGCUAUCUUCUUCUUCACCACGGUUUCUUCCGCUCCUUUACCUGUAGUUUUGUCCAUGUCCACUUCUCACUUGUAUGCCUUCGCGGCCACAACUCCACUCGCUUAAACAUGUCGAAGCAUGGUCAGGCUUCAAACACGGCUAAACCCUGACUGGCAGAGUCAUCUCGUCGGCGACGAGAUAAGCUCGAGUACUUUUUUCAAUCGUAUUAGGUUUCCUGAUGAAUCAGUCGUAAUUCACGGACCUGUUCUGAAUUUGCUAUGGGACGGAAAUUGUCCAACUGCUAUCUGACGUUUGCC